AUAUACUCGUAUGCUUCGUAUUUUUCUCAGUGAACUCAUUGUUUCAAAGCUUCGAACUUCUGCAUUCCUUACUAUACCUUUCAGUUGAAGAUCAAUGGAGGCCAAGUUGCUGAGUGCUUCUUCUCCACCUUCGUUUUCUGUUAACGGAGCAACCAAGUUUUCAAGACCCAGUCUUGUUUUAACUUCACCAACAAGAGAAUUCCCCAUCUUCAAGCUCCAAUGCCCUGCAAGAUCGUCCAAUAAAAUAAUCCAAUCUGUUCAUGCCUCCAAAUCUAUUGGAACGGUAACAACGCAAAGGGUGGAUGACAGCGAGAACUUGACACUCGAUGCCGUGAGGUACUCGUUAAUCCGACAAGAGGACAGCAUAAUCUUUAGCCUUCUGGAGAGAGCUCAAUACUGUCAAAAUAAGAGUACAUAUGACCCUGAUUCCUUUUCAAUUGAAGGUUUCCAUGGCUCUUUGAUCCAGUAUAUGCUUAGAGAAACCGAAAAGCUUCAUGCCCAGGUUGGCAGAUACAAUAGCCCGGACGAGCAUCCAUUCUUCCGGGAAGAAUUACCUGCCCCAUUGUUACCACCUUUGACAUACAAACAGGUACUGCAUCCCAUUGCUGAUAAAAUCAAUAUGAACCCUAAAGUGUGGGAGAUCUACUUCAAGAAUAUCGUUCCGAAAUUAGCCAAGGAAGGAGAAGACGGAAACUGUGGGUCCACUGCCGUUUGUGACGCCAUGUGUUUGCAGGCUCUUUCGAAGAGGAUUCGUUACGGGAAAUUUGUAGCGGAAUGCAAGUUCCGGGAUUCUCCAGAAGCUUAUCAAGCUGCCAUCAAAGAACAGGAUAGAGAUGGGCUGAUGAAUUUGCUGAAAUUCCCCAAGGUCGAAGAAUCGGUCAAGAAACGAGUGGAAAUGAAAACCAGAACUUACGGACAAGAAGUGCCGGUUGAAAUCUGCAAAGACGGUGACUGCCCAACUUACAAGAUAAACCCAAGCUUGGUGGCCGACUUGUACGGCGAGUGGAUCAUGCCAUUGACGAAGGAAAAAGUCCAAGUCGAGUACCUGUUGAGAAGGUUAGACAAAUCCCAAGGAAAUUGA